AUGUUGUUGUCUUCAUCGAUAUUAGUGUGGAAAGCUGCCACCUGUGCAUGCUCGCCCGAUUCUCUUCUCUUCUCUUCUGCUUUCCCUUCAUUUCCCACUUUACCUUUUCUUCUACAAAUCCAAACCCUUUCCUUCAGAUCUCACACUUUCCUUCCCCUUCAAAUCCUAUCAUAUUCAUAUGCAGAAUUUUCACAAGCCUGUUAAAUUAUAGAUACCUUUUGCACUUUAUGGAGUGCAAAGAUUCGAUUUUCCCCCAUUCCUGAAAGUUGCCGGAAUAUCAUUAUUUCCGGCCAACCGCUAAAAGCGAUGAAAGCUGCCCAAAACAAUUCGGAAAAUCUCAUCCGCGACUCGAUGCGCAAAGCUUUUCCAAAGCUAAUGGUGUGGCUGAUUCUGUUGGUGUCCGCCACUUUCUUAGUCUACACAACCAAGCUGCUUUCCUCUGCUCACAGCUCCUGCGAUGACCAAAUCUUCGCCGCUGGCCAUUUCCCGGUCGCCCUAGCCGCAAACGAGACGACGCUGCCGGUUCAGAAGCCCUCGGAAUCGAGCUCGCGCGCCGAGAAACAUAAUAAGACGGGAUUGGAGCACAUUGUUUUCGGCAUUGCCGCGUCGGCCAAUUUGUGGGGGAGGAGGAAGGAGUACAUCAAGCUGUGGUGGAAGCCGCAGCAAGGAAUGCGAGGGAUCGUGUGGCUCGAUCACCGCGUCAGGGCGUACAGGAACGAGACGGAGAGGCUGCCGCGGCUUAGGGUUUCGAGCGACACGUCGCACUUCGCGUACAGGAACAAGCGAGGGCACCGCUCCGCCAUCCGUAUCUCUCGGAUCGUCUCGGAGACCCUGAGGUCGGCGGAGAUGACGGGGAACGUGCGGUGGCUGGUGAUGGGCGACGACGACACGGUGUUCGUGGCGGAGAAUUUGGUAAGGGUUUUGAGCAAGUACGAUCACGAUCAGUACUACUACAUCGGGAGCUCGAGCGAGAGCCAUUUGCAGAACAUACAUUUCUCCUACGCCAUGGCGUACGGCGGCGGCGGCUUCGCCAUAAGCUACCCGCUGGCGGUGGCGCUGCAGAAGAUGCAGGAUAGGUGUAUACAGCGCUACCCCGGGUUGUACGGCUCCGACGAUCGGAUGCAGGCGUGUAUGGCGGAACUCGGUGUGCCACUCACUAAAGAACUCGGCUUUCACCAGUGUAUUCUUGGUGGAUGGAAAUUCAGUAUGAUGUUCAUGGGGAUUUAUUCGGACUCUUAGCAGCACACCCAGUCACGCCAUUAGUGUCGUUGCACCACUUAGAUGUGGUGGAACCGAUAUUCCCAAAUGUCACUCGAAUACAGGCACUGCAGCGGCUGAGAAUGCCAAUGCAGCUCGAUUCAGCCGCUCUGAUGCAGCAAUCCAUUUGCUAUGACAAAACCAAUAGUUGGACUAUGUCAGUGUCGUGGGGAUUUGCUGUUCAAAUAUUCCGGGGAGUGCUGUCGCCUAGAGAGAUAGAGAUGCCAUCAAGGACAUUCUUGAACUGGUAUAAGAGAGCUGAUUACACGGCGUAUGCAUUCAACACGCGGCCGGUUAUGAGGAAUCCAUGUCAGAAGCCCUUUGUUUUCUAUUUGUUAAAGGCUAGAUUGGAAUCGUCUACUAAUCAAACAGUGAGUAUAUACACGCAGCAUCGUGCUCCUCAGCCUGAAUGCAAAUGGAAUAUAACUGAUCCAACGGAGAUUGAUCGAGUGGAGGUAUACAAGAAGCCCGACCCCCAUCUCUGGGAUAGGGUAAGCCAAACUCUCUCUCUCUCUCAUAUGAGAUUUUUAGAGGAUAUUUAAUUUCUCAUCGCAAUGAUUGUUGUCUAAUUCAUUAGUCGCUAGAUAGUAUGGAACCACCUACUCACCUAAUGGAAAGAAAAUUCUGGAUCAAAAGGUCAACUUGGUGCGAGGUUUCACUGUCAAGAAAUACAAACAAAAGAUGACAUGAAAGGACUAAGCCCUCACCAAUAUUAACAUUAUUUAUCAACUCUCAAUUUAUUAGAUAUCAUAUUAUUUAGAUUUAACUACUUGUGAUUAUUAUUUGCCAUCAUAGUAGUUUACACUCAGGUAAGGUAUUUCUAUUUCUAGUUGACAUUGACUAGGAAUAUUUUGUGGCUAGUCUCCAAGGAGAAAUUGUUGCCGGAUCUUAAGCUCAACGAAGAAAAGCUUGGCUAUCGAUGUGGGAGUAUGCGGGGAAGGUGAGAUUAGUGAAUUUUAAAAUGGUGGCAGGUGGGCCUGAAUCAACCUUCACUAGUUCCCUUCAUCCCAUGAUCUGUUCAUCGACAGCUUCACAUUUCUUGGAACAGAGUUCUGAAGUUGAGUGACGAUGAACGACUCAUGGUAAGUCGAUGUAAAGUAGUUUUUUGAGUUUCAUAUCUUCCAUUUUGUGCUGAGGCUGUGUACCAUUCGUAAAAGUUUAAACACAUGAAUAUAGGGAGCCUGCCCUUUGUCCUGCAUAGUUUUGUUCUAUAUAGAAAAUACUUGCAUA